AUGUGCCCAGCCAAAUCCCCCAAUCUGCCCAGCCACAUCCCCCAAUCUGCCCAGCCACAUCCCCCAAUGUGCCCAGCCACAUCCCCCAAUGUGCCCAGCCACAUCUCCCAAUGUGCCCAGCCACAUCCCCCAAUGUGCCCAGCCACAUCCCCCAAUGUGCCCAGCCACAUCCUCCAAUCUGCCCAGCCACAUCCCCCAAUGUGCCCAGCCACAUCCCCCAAUGUGCCCAGCCACAUCCCCCAAUCUGUCCAGCCACAUCCCCCAAUGUGCCCAGCCACAUCCCCCAAUGUGCCCAGCCACAUCCUCCAAUCUGCCCAGCCACAUCCCCCAAUCUGCCCAGCCACAUCCCCCAAUGUGCCCAGCCACAUUCCCCAAAAGUGGGCUGGGGUAGUGUGGGCUGAUGUAGAGUGGGCUGGGCUCGAGUGGGCUGGGGUAGUGUGGGCUGGGGUAGUGUGGGCUGGGGUAGUGUGGGCUGGGGUCGAUUGGGCUGGGGUAGUGUGGGCUGGGGUAGUGUGGGCUGGGGUCGAUUGGGCUGGGGUAGUGUGGGCUGGGGUAGUGUGGGCUGGGGUAGUGUGGGCUGGGGUCGAGUGGGCUGGGGUAGUGUGGGCUGGGGUAGUGUGGGCUGGGGUUGAUUGGGCUGGGGUAGUGUGGGCUGGAGUAGUGUGGGCUGGGGUAGUGUGGGCUGGGGUAGUGUGGGCUGGGGUAGUGUGGGCUGGGGUCGAUUGGGCUGGGGUAGUGUGGGCUGGGGUAGUGUGGGCUGGGGUCGAUUGGGCUGGGGUAGUGUGGGCUGGGGUAGUGUGGGCUAGGGUAGUGUGGGCUGGGGUCGAUUGGGCUGGGGUAGUGUGGGCUGGGGUAGUGUGGGCUGGGGUUGAUUGGGCUGGGGUAGUGUGGGCUGGAGUAGUGUGGGCUGGGGUAGUGUGGCCUGGGGUAGUGUGGGCUGGGGUCGGGGCUCGAUUGGGCUGGGUGUGGGCUGGGGUAGUGUGGGCUGGGGUCGUUUGGGCUGGGGUAGUGUGGGCUGGGGUCGAUUGGGCUGGGGUAGUGUGGGCUGGGGUAGUGUGGGCUGGAGUAGGGUGGGCUGGGGUAGUGUGGGCUGGGGUCGAUUGGGCUGGGGUAGUGUGGGCUGGGGUAGGGUGGGCUGGGGUAGUGUGGGCUGGGGUCGAUUGGGCUGGGGUAGUGUGGGCUGGGGUAGGGUGGGCUGGGGUAGAGUGGGAUGGGGUCGAUUGGGCUGGAGUAGUGUGGGCUGGGGUCGAUUGGGCUGGGGUAGUGUGGGCUGGGGUCGAUUGGGCUGGGGUAGUGUGGGCUGGGGUAGUGUGGGCUGGGGUCGAUUGGGCUGGGGUAGUGUGGGCUGGGGUCGAUUGGGCUGGGGUAGUGUGGGCUGGGGUAGUGUGGGCUGGAGUAGGGUGGGCUGGGGUAGUGUGGGCUGGGGUAGAGUGGGCUGGGGUAGUGUGGGCUGGGGUAGUGUGGGCUGGGGUAGUGUGGGCUGGGGUAGUGUGGGCUGGGGUAGAGUGGGCUGGGGUAGUGUGGGCUGGGGUUGAUUGGGCUGGGGUAGUGUGGGCUGGAGUAGGGUGGGCUGGGGUAGAGUGGGCUGGGGUAGUGUGGGCUGGAGUAGUGUGGGCUGGGGUAGUGUGGGCUGGGGUAGUGUGGGCUGGGGUCGAGUGGGCUGGGGUAGUGUGGGCUGGGGUUGAUUGGGCUGGGGUAGUGUGGGCUGGAGUAUUGGCUGGGGUAGUGUGGGCUGGGGUCGAUUGGGCUGGGGUAGUGUGGGCUGGGGUAGGGUGGGCUGGGGUAGUGUGGACUGGGGUCGAUUGGGCUGGGGUAGUGUGGGCUGGGGUAGUGUGGGCUGGGGUCGAUUGGGCUGGGGUAGUGUGGGCUGGGGUAGUGUGGGCUGGGGUAGGGUGGGCUGGGGUAGUGUGGGCUGGGGUAGUGUGGGCUGGGGUAGUGUGGGCUGGGGUCGAUUGGGCUGGGGUAGUGUGGGCUGGGGUAGUGUGGGCUGGGGUCGAUUGGGCUGGGGUAGUGUGGGCUGGGGUCGACUGGGCUGGGGUAGUGUGGGCUGGGGUCGAUUGGGCUGGGGUAGUGUGGGCUGGGGUAGUGUGGGCUGGGGUCGAUUGGGCUGGGGUAGUGUGGGCUGGGGUCGAUUGGGCUGGGGUAGUGUGGGCUGGGGUAGUGUGGGCUGGGGUAGUGUGGGCUGGGGUAGAGUGGGCUGGGGUAGUGUGGGCUGGGGUCGAUUGGGCUGGGGUAGUGUGGGCUGGGGUCGAUUGGGCUGGGGUAGUGUGGGCUGGAGUAGGGUGGGCUGGGGUAGUGUGGGCUGGGGUCGAUUGGGCUGGGGUAGUGUGGGCUGGGGUAGGGUGGGCUGGGGUACUAGUGCCUCAGCUAGAGCCUCAGCUAGAGCCUCAGCUAGAGCCUCCGCUAGAGCCUCAGCUAGAGCCUCCGCUAGAGCCUCAGCUUGUGCCUCAGCUAGAGCCUCAGCUAGUGCCUCAGCUAGUGCCUCAGCUAGUGCCUCAGCUAGAGCCUCAGCUAGAGCCUCAGCUAGAACCUCAGCUAGUGCCUCAGCUAGAGCCCCAGCUAGUGCCUCAGCUAGAGCCUCAGUUAGAGCCUCAGCUAGAGCCUCAGCUAGUGCCUCAGCUAGAGCCCCAGCUAGUGCCUCAGCUAGAGCCUCAGCUCGAGCCUCAGCCUCUGUCAAUGCCCAAGUAG